AUGAGCGACAAAAUUUACAAAAUGAUGUUGCUAAAACGGCGUCUGUGUAAGCGAUUAGACAUUGUUGUUAUUGCUAUGCUCGCAAUAUCUUUUUACAUAUCAGUUGUAUUAUUCGGCGGCUUUAAGGGUCCAGAGAUAAUUCACGUAACAGAUUUACAUCGAUGUCCGGCCUGCUAUGGGGUCACAGUGUGCCCAGAACUAUAUUCUAAUCAAAUCACAUUAGAUUCUUCACACUGGUCUAAUAUGUUUAACGCAAAGAACAUAUAUCACGGUUACACAAAGUCCAGUAGACGAGUUAUAUUAAAAAAACUAGCUCACGAUUGGGAAUUGAAUGAAUUUGAUUCAAAACUUUGCUCAGAAUUUCGAUUGAAUAGUGAUUGCAAACCUGUGCAACUGUUAAAUAUGACGAAUAUAGAUGAUAAAGUUCUAGAUAUAGUUGAAUUUAAUAUAACAUGGCCUGAUACGGAGCCAAGGAAAGGACUGGUGUUGUGUCCUUAUGCAUUCAGCAUAUAUGACCUCCUUAAACCAGUGUUUAGUAAUAAAAAAGAUAAUUAUAAGUCUGAAAUGUUAAAUAUAUGGACCAUGCUGAGUAUAAACCCAGAACCUAUCAUAUUACAGGUUUUACCAAGAUCAAAAGGCUGGCCGGUUCCAGCAUUUGCUGGAGUCUGUGGUCGUCUAGAAGUAGUAGCCUAUGAAGGUGAACCUCUGUCUUCAUUACUACAUGUUGCGUGGCAUCGGAGACUGAAUUACGCUCAGAAGAUACUUGAGGCUGCUAUGGACUUUACUUUUAAGCAUGAAAGAUUCCGCUUCUACCUAAUGGAUUGGUCAUUAGAUAACAUCGUUGUCAACGAACGAGAUGAGAUCACAUUCGUCGAUUUAGAAGACGUGAUCAUUCUAGAUAAGCAUAUUUCACCGAAAUCAGAACUUACAGAUUGGUACAAACGCUACAAUAGGGAAUCCAUAGGGCCAGGAUUUUCAUUUUCUAUAGAGAACAUGUGUAAACAUCACUUGAGCGAUCAUAAUUUGUGGGCGGCAUGUUAUAUAUUGAUCGGUGAUGAAAAUCCCUUGUUGUAUCCUAUACCAAAAGAAGUUAACACAUCCCGACCAUACUUUGAGAGAUUAUUGUCAGCUUGCUUGAACGGUGAUGAUAGAUUUCAGACGAUACGAAAACUCCAACAUGUUAUCGAAGAAAUGCUGAAUGAUGAGAAGAUUCUACGAUCAGGAGUUAGCUGA